AUGUCUUCCUCUAUUGCCUUUGAACACAAACAACACAAACUCAGGAUGAGUACGUCAGCCCGCGAGGAAAUCUUGCAUAGCUCUGCAUCCUCUGGCUCAACAGGGCUCACUACUCCUGAGAGCCUUACGGCCGACCUCCCAACGUCUACAAGAUGGCGUCCAGCUUUCCACUUGAUGCCUCAAGAAGGAUGGAUCAAUGACCCAUGCGCUCCUGGGUAUGAUCCAUCCACUGGAAUGUACUAUCUCUCCUUUCAGUGGAAUCCCAAUGGUCCUGACUGGGGUGAUAUCGCUUGGGGCACUGCGACUUCUCACGAUCUGGUUUCGUGGAAAGUCAUAAAGCAACCCGUUCUUCUUCCAGAAAAUGACUAUGACUCCAAAGGCGUCUUUACUGGGUGUUUCGUCAAGGGGCAGGAUGAGUCACUUAACUAUAUAUACACCUCAGUCAGCGCCCUCCCGAUCCAUUAUACCCUCGACCAUCCAAGGGGCUGUGAGACAUUGAGCGUUGCGACCUCUUCAGAUAUGGGCAAAACAUGGCGAAAAAGUGAUCUAAAUCCUAUCCUUGGAGGCGAACCUGAAGGCCUCGAUGUCACUGGUUGGAGAGAUCCGUUCUGUGGUCCAUGGCCCAACAUGAGUAAGACCCUAGGGUUGGACCCGAAGGAGACCAUGUUCGGGAUCAUUUCUGGAGGCAUUAGAAAUAUAACCCCCACCAGCUUCCUUUACAGAGUCAACCCAAACGAUUUCACUGACUGGAAAUACAUCGGCCCUAUCGCCAAUCCUGGUCUGAAUUUUAGACCAUCACGGUGGUCGGGCGAUCUUGGCAAGAACUGGGAGGUUACUAACUUUCUGUCGCUACGUGAUGGGAAUGACCCCCACUCAAUCUCUGACUUUCUCAUCAUGGGAACUGAAGGAUGCCUUGAGGACAUCUCAAAAUGGCCCCCGAGCACUGCAAGUCCAUCACGCCCAAGACGAAACCAGCUUUGGAUGUCAGGUGACCUUGGAAAAGAUGAGUCUAAUGGCUCUGCCAGUAUGUCAUUUAACUUUGGAGGCCACCUUGACCAUGGAUGCUUGUACGCUGCCAACUCAUUUUUUGACCCCCGAAGUCAGAGCCAUAUCUUCUGGGGUUGGAUCACUGAAGACGACCUGUGCGAUGAUCUCCGUCACCAACAAGGAUGGAGUGGAGUUUUAUCGAUGCCUCGACAACUCUAUUUGCAGACUCUGCGCAAUGUAGUGGGCUCUUUGGUCUCCGAUUUGCCCUGUAUCACUUCUAUUAAGACCCAUUCCGUGAACGGAGGAGCUUCCACUAUUCAGACCCUUGCAAGUGGACCCUAUCAGCCUCUGGUUCAACAUCUUCGAAGCGCCCCAAGCGUGCAGCUCUCCCAAUUGGGGAGGUUGUGUCUUGGAGCCAGUGCCAGCGGAGUGGAAUUAUUACCAGAGAAAGGGCUGAGCAAGCAAUGGGAGCUUGAGUGUUCAUUCAAGAUCUCCCAAAAGUGCUCCAACGUGGGAGUAUCGAUUAAUCAUUCGCGAGACUCCGAACGUGCAACUAUAAUGUUAUUUGAGCCACAGCUUGAAACAUUUACAGUUUUACGGCCAAGCUUCUCUGGACGUGAUGCAUCUUUGAUCAACAGUUCACCUGAAGUAGCACCACACACCUUGUUCACAGUCUCCGACCCCAGUAGCGGGGAAGAAUGUACGGAAACUUUGGAUAUCCACGCAUGGCGAGACAAUUCGGUUCUGGAGAUAUUCGUAAAUGGCCGGACUGCGAUCUCCACGCGACUGUAUGCCGCGGAAGAAACAAUCGGUGUGCGAUUCUUCGCCCACGAUAGGGCUUCAACUACUCAUGGACUUCGGACGAGUCAUACGGGCUCAACGGAACUGCAGUUUGCGAAAGUGUGGGAUGGAAUUGCGAGCUAA